GGAGCAUCAACACCAGACAGCAACAUCCAACAGUGCCCGCCAUCUACACAGCUGUUUGUCCAGUGCAACGCCUGUCUAUCGCGCCUAUAGCUACUGAAAGCGCUUCCCAUCAGGGCUGUCGUCAACGCAUUCCGUAUCUGGUCCUAUCCUGUUCACCGAACGUCAUAAGCUUGCGGUGCGCAACCGUUGAUCUUGGUCGUUCGAGCCACUGUCGCCCGCUAGGAUCACAACAGUCAACAUGGCGGGCUGGUUUUCGUCCGCCUCGCCGCUCGAUGAUCAAAUCGAGCGCGCGACAGCUUCAUCGCUGGAGGAUAUUGCCCUCAACUUGGAGAUUUCAGACAUGAUUCGGUCGAAGAGUGUGCAGCCAAAAGAAGCGAUGCGAGCGUUGAAACGACGACUAGAAAAUAAGAACCCGAAUAUACAACUUGCGACGUUGAAGUUGACAGAUACGUGUGUCAAGAACGGGGGCACGCAUUUUCUGGCUGAGAUUGCCUCCCGUGAGUUUAUGGAUAACUUGGUGUCACUGUUAAAGUCAGAUGCCGCUCCGCUCAACCAUGACGUCCAAGAGAAGAUGUUGGAGCUUAUCCAGAAUUGGGCCAUGGCAGCGCAAGGACGUAUGGAUCUCAGAUACGUGGGCGAAACUUAUCGGAAGCUGCAAGAUGAAGGUUUUCGGUUUCCUCCCAAGACUGAAAUCACCAGCAGCAUGCUCGAUAGUAGUGCGCCACCAGAGUGGAUUGACUCCGAUGUCUGCAUGCGAUGCCGUACGCCUUUUACAUUUACAAAUAGAAAACACCAUUGCCGUAACUGCGGCAAUGUCUUCGACAGCCAGUGUUCCAGCAAGAGUCUGCCGUUGCCCCAUCUGGGAAUACUGCAACCUGUCCGAGUAGAUGAUGGCUGUUAUGCUAAGCUCACAUCGAAGACCUUUGGCCAAGCUGGGAUCUCUGAUCGAGCGGCGUUUAAAAACAACUCUAUCACAAAGGCAACCACCUCGAUGGAGCCGCGCGACGCCAGGGUGGAUAGCAGUUUCGACGAGGAUCUGAGAAGAGCACUGCAGAUGAGUUUGGAGGAGGCACAAGGCGGAUCAUCAGGCUACGUUCCGCAGCCCAAGCUAGCCCGAGAAACCAGCAAGCCUUUGAAUGAACCCAUGCCUGAAGAGGAGGAAGACGCGGAUCUGAAGGCUGCCAUAGAGGCAUCAUUAAGGGACAUGGAGGAACAAAAGAGGAAGCACGCAGCCGCCUUGAAAAGCUCAACAGCCUCUGCCCCAACAGCUAACGGUGCCUCGACGGUGACCCCCUUGCCCAAAAACCCGUAUGAGCUCACCCCUGUGGAAGCGGAAAAUAUCAACUUGUUCGCCACGCUGGUCGAGCGUCUCCAACAUCAACCGCCGGGUACCAUUCUACGCGAGCCUCAGAUUCAAGAACUGUACGAGAGUAUCGGAGCUCUACGUCCCAAAUUAGCACGCACAUACGGGGAGACGAUGAGCAAGCACGACACGCUUCUCGACCUGCACGCGAAACUCUCCACAGCUGUGCGGUAUUACGAUCGCAUGCUAGAGGAACGAUUGUCCAGUGCAUAUGCGCAUCACAGGCUGGGCAGCUAUGGAUCCUUCUCGCCCGCCCCGCAACGUUCGGAUAUAUAUCCUACGCUUUCUGGAAACCCUCCCACAGGAAGAGGUGCUGUUGAAAACUUCUACUACGGAAAUAAUGCUCCUGAGCAGCCCCAGUCUCCAGGUGCUACGGCGCAGUUUGCUGGCAGGGGCCUUGAGCAAGGGGUGCCGUCUGCUGGAGUGUCAAGUCCUCCGUAUCCUCCACAAAUGUCUCAUUAUGGUGCCGCACCUUCUCAGACGUGGAAUCCGGAACAGAACCAGCAUGCUACACCUGCUCCUCCGAGUGCUGGCCCCUAUCCGGGCAGUACUGCGCCACAAGCAACCCCGGACAGCUAUUAUCCUGCGCAAAGGCAGCCUUCGAACCAACCUCAACCUCCCACGCAGGCGGAACCUCAAGCCCCCUUCCAGCAGCCUUCAGUCGUCCGACGUGACUCUCAGUACCAACAAGCUACACCUCAGAGCCCUUCAUCUCAGAGUCUGCCUUACCAGCCUGUCGGUGGGGAGCCAGUGCAAUCACCGGGCUAUCCACCUCAUCAGGAACAGGCACAAGGAUACCCUCCGUACCCGUCUCAGCAGCCUCCACAAUCAUUCUACCAACAGCCCCAGCAGCCAUAUCAGGCAACAGAAACGGGAGCUUGGUCUAACGGGUCUUAUCCUGCCUUGGCUGGAAACCCGCCGGCGACUGCAUACCCCCAACAAUCGCAACCUCCGCAACCUAAGCCGAUGGUAGAAGAGUCUCUGAUUGAUCUAUGAGUGAACCGGACAUGUUAGCGACGGCGUUUUCUCCUUCUCUUUUACCCCUGUUGCAUCGAUCUUUCCAACAAUCGUCUCUCGGCAUAGCAUUAAUGAUAC